AUGGACGGUAGGAACCUCCCGCCCGAGUAUUUGAACCGUUAUAGCGGUGUCACCUCGGUAAUCCCAAAGCUGGAGCCAACGGAUAUUCCCAAGACCCCGCUGUCACCCGCAGUACCAGUCUCAGUCAAAUCAGACAGGCCUAAACCACCUGUACUCCCGUGGUAUGAUCCACGAGGAUGGUCACCACUUACUCAAUCACUAUCGGGUAUUAGCAUCUUGGUAGUCAUCAUUGUGGUCAUUGUUGGUUCUGUCCUUGGCGUUAGGGCAAACCGAUACCCGAAGUACUUGCCCUUGAACUAUCGACUAGUCGAUAGAUACCAAGGCACCUCGUUCUUUGAUCAGUUCCACUACUUCACAGACGACGAUCCCACUGAUGGCUUUGUGGUAUACGUAAACGAGCGAACAGCCCAAAGUCUCAACCUCACAUACGCCACGGAGACCUCUGCAAUCCUGCGAGUCGACUCUCUAACACCAAAGGCCCUUGCAGGCCGAAAUUCCGUGCGCAUCGAAUCCAAGUCAACAUACGACAACGGUCUCUUCAUCUUCGACAUCAUCCACACCCCCUACGGCUGCGGAACAUGGCCCGCGCUGUGGUUAACAGAUGGCUACAACUGGCCCAUGAACGGAGAAAUCGACAUCCUAGAAACAACCAACGAAGGCGCCCACGGCAAUGAAGUCACCCUCCACUCAACAAAAGGAUGCAAAAUGGACGUCAAGCGCAAGCAGACAGGAAACCCCGUCUUCUCCAACUGCGAAAACAUCACGAACAGCAACUCAGGCUGCGGCGUUGUCGGUGAUCCCUCCACAUACGGACAAGCAAUGAACGCAGAGGGCGGCGGAGUCUAUGCACUUGAACUUCGGGACGAUGGUGUCCGUGCCUGGUUCUUUCCCCGUGGUUUCAUCCCAGGCGAUAUUACGGAUCCAUCUCAGAUCCCUGAUCCGUCGACUUGGGGCACUGCGCUGGCCGAUUUUCCCAGUACGGAGUGUGAUAUUGCGUCACACUUUAGGAAUCAGAGUAUCAUUGUGAAUAUUGAUCUUUGUGGGCAGUUGGCGGAUCAGACGCAGUUUUAUGAGAAGAUGUACAAUUGUCCGGGGAGGUGUCCGGACUUUGUGGCUAACAACCCGUCUAGCUUUGAGGAGGCCUACUGGGAGUUUAACAAUUUUGCUGUUUAUCAGGCUUGA